UUCCAGGAUGACUUGAUCAUAGCCGUUUAUCAAUCUCACUCAUCUGGUUCUGAAUCGAACUUUCUGCUGUGGUGCCCACCAUUUCGGAGUCCCGUUCAAGAACAAAGCAAAAGAGUUGAAGACGAUCAUCACCUAAUCUGUGAUUAAACAAUUUCAACUCACUCUCACUGUUGCCGUUAAAUUAAUUUCACCGGUUGAGGCGCGAAAGCAAAACUCCGACCAAUUUCAGAUUCUGUCUGCAUAAAGUGCAUCUUCAAGAAAAAAAGUAGUCAAGGCUGUACUUCAUGGCAAGGAUAAAACCUCAGGCUUUGCUAGUCCAAAGCAAAAAGAAGAAGGGGCCAACUCGCAUCAGUGCCACUACAAUAAUUCUAUGCAACCUAGUUGUUGUGUUGAUUGUAUUGUCUUUGUUGGCUACAUACAGGCAUUGGUCUCAGAGGUCAAGAGAUCAAUCUGGGCUGUCAAAUUUUGAGGACAACUCAGAUUCCUUCACAGAUUCAAAGAAGUAUGAUCUCCCUGGUUAUGCUAUUCUGAAUACGUCAAAGGGUUAUAUAACAGUGGAAUUAUACAAGGAUGGUUCUCCAGAGAUUGUGGACAAAUUUCUUGACUUGAGCCAAAAGGGCUACUUCAAGGGGAUGCCUUUUCAUCAUGUGAUCAAACAUUAUGUAAUUCAAGGAGGACAUUCCCAAAGCCUUGGAGCUGCCGAAGAUUGGACUACAAAAGUGAAGCUUCGUGGUCGGCUUGUUACAAGUCCAAAGCACGAGGCAUUUAUGCUUGGAACUUUUAAAACUAAAGACAGCCAAGUGUUUGAGAUAUUUAUAACCACUGCACCAAUUCCAGAUUUAAAUGAUAAGCUUUUGGUUUUUGGACGGGUCAUCAAGGGGGAGGAUGUGGUGCAGGAAAUUGAGGAGGUGGACACAGAUGAACAUUACCGCCCCAAAUCUCCUAUUGGGAUCAUCAGCGUGACACUGAGACGUGAAAUUUGAGUGGUUUACAAUGACUCAAACGGUGUAAAGUUGUUUUCAUACUGGCUCUGGUGGCCCUUUGAGAUGCCUCAUGGUAGAUAUUUCUCCAUAGGGCUGCUAUGGUUCAUCAUUCUUGACACUUGCCUUUCCACUUCUCCGCGCAGGCCUUUUUCGGGGUGGGGUACUGGAGUUUCUUGAUUUUGGGCUUACUGUUUCUUUGGCGAAAAAGAAAAAUACAACAUUCUGUUAAUUACAUAGUGAUGCUUUUGUUAUUUUUUACCACUAGUUAAUUUUUUAUUCCAUAAAGUGAUGUUUUGAUCGAGUUUUGUGAGAA